CCGCCCCCGCCGUGAGCCGACCCAGGCCUCGGGGAGCAACAGUAGCCGCCGCUCGAGCCCGAUCGCCCAACUUCCGCGAGAUCAAGUAUCCCCAGUACUACCCCCCUCCCUCCCCGCAGGACCAACAACAACAGCAGCUCGAGGGCCUCGCAGGGCCAGCUCGAGCUCGAGGCCGAGUGCGAGGCCGAGGAGCACAGCUCGAACCAGAGCAACCGUCGACCGCCGCCGGCCGCGACCCGCACCGUAGGUCAGCAGCAGCAGCAGCCCGCACCGCGGCAGGGUACGAACCCAGCCGAGAGCCGUCGGUGCCAUGAGCCAGGCCGUGGAGUUUAUCCCGCCACCUGAGUGUCCGGUGUUCGAGCCCACCCCGGAGGAGUUCGCAGACCCCUUCAAGUUCAUCAAUAAGAUCAGACCCAUCGCCGAGAGGACCGGCAUCUGCAAGAUUCGCCCACCGCAGGGCUGGCAGCCACCUUUUGCUUGUGAUGUUGAUAAACUACAUUUUACCCCGCGAAUUCAGAGGCUGAAUGAACUUGAGGCUCAGACCAGAGUUAAGCUCAAUUUUCUGGACCAGAUAGCAAAAUUCUGGGAGCUACAAGGAUCAACAUUAAAAAUUCCACAUGUGGAGAGGAAGAUUUUGGAUUUGUUUUUACUCAACAAGUUGGUUGCAGAAGAAGGUGGUUUUGAAAUAGUCUGCAAGGAGCGGCGCUGGUCCAAAAUAGCACACAGGAUGAUAUAUCCACCUGGAAAAGCAUUGGGCUCACUACUUCGAUCUCACUAUGAACGUAUUUUGUACCCCUAUAAUCUCUUUCAAUCUGGAGCCAGUUUAUUGUGUGUACAGAAGCCAAGUCUGAUCAAUGAUGAGAAAGACCAAGAGUACAAGCCACAUGAUAUAGUUCAGAGGCAGUCUGUGCAAUCCUCAGAGAUGACCGUACCAGCACGACGUGCAAAACGGAUGCGUUCAGAGGUGGGAGAUGUAAAGACAGAGCCCAGUGACAUCACUGAUGUUCAUGCUCAUGACUUGCGACCAAAAACAAGGAGUGGAUCAAUGAAGUGUGAAAAUGAAAAAUACAAUAUUACUGGAGUGAAGGAAGGAAGUGAAAACCGCAUUAAUGAUCCUGAGCGAACUAGGACACUGCGAAACAACAGAAAUACCAUUGCCUCUAAUAUUGUGGACAUGUAUGUUUGUCUGAUAUGUGGACAAGGUAAUGAAGAAGAUCGACUGUUGCUUUGUGAUGGGUGUGAUGAUAGUUACCACACUUUCUGUCUGAUUCCUCCCCUACAUGAUGUUCCCAAGGGCGAUUGGAGGUGUCCAAAAUGCCUGGCUCAGGAGUGCAGCAAACCUCAAGAAGCUUUUGGGUUCGAACAGGCUCCUAGGGACUACACACUCCGCGCAUUUGGAGAAAUGGCAGAUGCCUUUAAAUCGGACUACUUCAAUAUGCCAGUUCAUAUGGUUCCAACGGAGCUUGUGGAGAAGGAAUUUUGGCGUUUGGUUAGUACCAUUGAAGAAGAUGUUACAGUGGAAUAUGGAGCUGACAUUGCAUCUAAAGAAUUUGGUAGUGGCUUUCCCAUCAAAAAUGGCAAAAUUAAAUUACGACCUGAUGAACAGGAGUACCUGGAUUCUGGAUGGAAUUUAAAUAAUAUGCCUGUUCUGGAACCUUCAGUCCUGACUCAUGUCAGUGCAGAUAUUUGUGGAAUGAAGUUACCUUGGCUGUACGUGGGAAUGUGCUUCUCCUCCUUUUGCUGGCAUAUUGAGGAUCACUGGAGCUAUUCGAUCAAUUAUCUACAUUGGGGAGAGCCUAAGACAUGGUAUGGAGCACCAGCAUACGUGGCAGAACAGCUGGAGAGUGUUAUGAAGAGACUGGCGCCUGAGCUGUUUGAAUCCCAGCCUGACCUUCUGCAUCAGCUGGUCACCAUCAUGAAUCCUAACACUCUGAUGGCUCACGGAGUGCCAGUUUACAGAACUAAUCAGUGUGCAGGGGAAUUUGUCAUCACAUUUCCUAGAGCCUAUCACAGUGGUUUUAAUCAGGGAUUCAACUUUGCAGAAGCAGUGAACUUCUGCACAAUGGAUUGGUUGCCAAUGGGCCGUCAGUGUGUGGAACAUUAUCGUCUCUUGAACCGUUACUGUGUUUUCUCUCAUGAUGAGAUGAUUUGUAAGAUGGCAUCCAAGUCCAAGGAUCUGGAUGUAAUUUUGGCAUUUGCUGUCUAUAAAGAUAUGAUCAUUAUGAUGGAUGAGGAGAAGAAAUUAAGGGAAACAGUUCGCAAAAUGGGAAUAAUCGAUUCUGUGAGAGAAAAUUUUGAGUUAUUGCCUGAUGAUGAGCGACAGUGUACAAAGUGCAAAACUACUUGUUUCUUGUCUGCAGUCUCAUGCCAUUGUAAAUCAAAUCAACUGGUUUGCCUGCGUCACGUGAAGGAACUCUGCUCAUGUCCACCUUACCGAUGUCAUAUGAGGUAUCGCUAUACCUUGGAUGACCUCUAUCCUGUUCUGAGUGAAUUAAAAUUACAUGUGGAAGUAUAUGAUGAAUGGUGUUCCAAAGCAGUUGCUUUCCUGGAAGCAAAAGAUGAUGAAAAGAAAAGUCUCUCGGAAUUCAAAUCAUUGUUAAAGGAAGCAGAGAACGAAAAAUUUCCAGAAAAUGAUUCAUUGAAACAGCUGUGGGAAGCUGUUGUAGAGGCAGAUAAAUGUGCCUUUGUUGCCCAGCAAUUACUUAAUGAUAAGCGGCAAACCAGGUACCGUUCUUGUGGAGGAAAGUCCCAAAAUCGACUGACUGUUGCAGAGCUUCAAGCUUUUGUUAAGCAACUCUAUGACCUUGCCUGCAUCAUUGACCAGGCUCCCUUACUGAAGGAACUUUUAAACUCAGUAGAAUAUUUUCAGCUGCGCUCUGCAAAAGUGCUCUCUGAUGAAAUACCCAAUACAUUUGAGCUCCAGCAACUGUUGGAUAUCAGUUUUGGGUUUGACAUAGAGUUACCACAGAUUCAAUAUCUUCAAGAGCACCUGGAGCAAGCACGAUGGCUGGAUGAAGUUCAGCUAGCUCAUUCUGCACCUGAAUCUUUUGCUUUGGAUGAUAUGAGACGGCUGAUUGACUCUGGUGUGGGAUUAGCACCUCAUCCAGCUGUAGAGAGGGCCAUGGCUCACUUGCAGGAACUCCUCACUGUUUCAGAACAUUGGGAGGAGAAAGCUCACAAUUUGCUAAAAUCCAGGCCGCCACACUCUUUGACAACUUUAUCUGCUGCCUUGGAAGAAGUAGAAGUGAUUCCUGCUUAUUUCCCCAGUGGUUUUGCACUGAAGGAUGCUGUAAAGAAAGCUGGAAUCUGGCUUCAAGAAGUGGAGAUUUUUCAGAGCUCUGGCCAACCUCACCCUUUUGAAAUCUUGAUGGAGCUUGUGUCACGAGGCCGUGCACUCCCAGUAAAUCUGCAUCCACUUCCUCGACUUGAGUCCCUGUUUGAAGAGGCUGAGAGUUGGAAAGACAGUGCAGCUAACAUUUUUCUGACUAAGAACUCUAAUUGCUCCCUUUAUGAAGUGUUGUGUCCCAGGUCAGACACUUGUGCAACUGGACUGAAGAAGAGAGCCAAGAAAUCAAAAGAGCAUUUGCAGAAUGGAAAAUGGAAAAGUCCAAAGCUGGAAAAUAUGGAAACUUUCAAUGACGCCAGGCUGAAAGAAAUGGAAUCCUUUCGUUCCCUCCAAGCAACAAACUCCAGAAAGUACCUUUCUGAUACAGAGUGCAUUGAAAUCAAAAUGUGUGUUUGUCAGAAUGGUCCAUCAGGCUCCAUGCUGCAGUGUGAGCUUUGCAAAGACUGGUUCCACAGCCACUGUGUCUCAGUUGCUAGUGGUUGCCAUGAGGAGCUGCCAUGGCUCUGCCCAAUCUGUCUGCGAUCAGAAAAGCCAUCCUUUGAAAAAAUCAUCCCACUCCUCUCAACACUGCAAAAGAUUCCUGUAAGACUGCCAGAGGGUGAAGCACUAAAUUAUAUUUUUGAACGAGCUAUGAACUGGCAGCAUCGGGCAAAGCAGCUUCUUGACACAGAGGAACUACAUUUGGCCUUUAUCACCUCACAAGUAGCAACCCAACCUUGGCCAGGUAUUACAAAACAAAUGGCUGCUACUGAAUUAGAGAAACAAGUAGCUGAAUGCAAUUUGCAGAUGAAUUCAGAUGCAGAAGAGAUUAAGUUUUAUACUGCAGUUUGCAAUAGGAAUGAAUCGGAAGAAGAGAAGACGGAAGAUUCCAGAUCUUUAUUGCGGAAGUGCAUCCCAGCCCAAGGGCUGUGCCUGUCUGAUGAUGUGACAGCCCAACUUGAAGAACUGAUGAUGGAGGGUCUAUUAAUGCAGGUCACUCUACCCGAGAUGCAACACAUUUACCAGAUCGUAUGGCUAACUCAGUCCCCUGUGGUAGAAGAUCACCAGCAACAAUCUGAACGACUGAGCUAUGAACCAUUGGAUGUUAUGCAAUGUCUUACGGAGGCCUGUGAUGCUUCUACAGCUGAGGAUGAAGAUUGCUGUUUUAAACCAGUGAAAAGAGAAGGAAACUGUGAAAGGAAAAAGAGACGAAUUGAAAAAGAUGGCUCAAUGGGUGAAAAAAGAGAAAAAUUGAAAAAAUUAAGCACCCCUAAACAAAGAGGGCUCAAAUUAACCCAAGAGAAAUUAAAAGAUCUGAGUUUUGGAAGUCUCGAGGCAGCCAAAUGUUUUGAAUUUCCACACCCAACAGAAGAACCAUUGGUGAUAAUGGAAUCUCCAUAUUCCGAGCCAGAGGACUCCGAAGAUGAGGAUGCAAUCUGCCCUGCGCAAAGCUGCCAACAACCAGAGGGGGAUGAGUGAGAAGAAGAAAAAGAAACUGAAAAGUCCCAUUUAUCUCAAAAUGGAGAUGUGCGAUUGUGACCCCAGGGCAAAAUAAAGACCGUUUGAUGUUUCUGGUUGCUGGAAGAGAAUUUAGAAGCCAGUAACAGAUCAUUAUGUAGAGAAAUGAAUAUUAUGUAAUAGGAUUCAAUGUAAAAAUUGAAAAACGAAUUUAAGAGUUUAACUUGGUGCUGAUCUGAUAAAAGGCUCAUUGUUUGACUUCUGAAAGUUGAGAAAAUAAUGCAUUGGAUGCAUUGCUGGGUUUUUUUCAUGAAAGUACAUGCAUGUUCAGCCACAGCUGAUCAUUUCUGUCCUUGCGCAUUUAUCAGCCAUAUGCAUGACCAGUAUUGUUUCUGCCUCACAACUAUCCUUAAGAAAUAAAGUGAGUCUGUGCCUGGGGAAACAGUCAUACCUACCAAAGCCACGAACCAUCAGAUACAUUGAUUCUGAAAUAUUAUCCAUCCACCUAAUGAAAUAUGUAAUAAUGCUGUUUGGAUUCUGGCAAAUAAGUGUCUUUCGCAGCAACAACAAUGAAACAAAUGCAUUGAAAAAUUACCUCAACAUCUCAAAAUUUAGUGUAAAAUAUCUUAUUAAUUUAGAAAUAUGUACCCCUAUAACUCUGGGUGCAGGUUCCAAGGUUUUUUUUUGAUUUGAAGUUCAUUCUCCCCAUGACACCUUGUUUUAAAAUUCUUACCGUUUCCUUCUAAUCCUUCCAUGCACAUGCUGCUCCCUGUUUCUGUACAGUUCAGCAGCUCUCUAACUUUGCCAAGUCCCUUUAAGAUAUUUCAGGUGCGUAUCUCUGUCAGCACUUCUGAUUUAAUAGUUCCAUUGCUGUUGGUUUUCUUUCACCAAGAAUUCACUCCUAAAACAUGUCUAUCUCACCACUUUUUCCUUAGAAACCUGUUUCUUUGACCUCAACCCAUUAUACAUCGGUGAGACUAAGCGGAGGUUGGGCGAUCGUUUCGCCGAACACCUCCUCUCAGUCCGCAAUAACCUACCUGAACUCCCGGUGGCUCACCACUUCAACUCCCCCUCCCAUUCCCAAUCCAACCUCUCUGUCCUGGGUCUCCUCCAUUGCCAGUGAGCAACACCAGAAAUUGGGAGGAACAGCACCUCAUAUUCCGCCUGGGUUGCUUGCGUCCGGAUGGCAUGAACAUUGAAUUCUCCCAAUUUUGCUAGCCCUUGCUGUCUCCUCCCCUUCCUUAACCCUCGAGCUAUCUCCUCCCAUCCCCCCGCCCUAGGGCUCCUCCUCCUCCCUUUUUCCUUCCUUCUCCCCCCCCACCUCCCAUCAGUCUGAAGAAGGGUUUCGGCCCGAAACGUCACCUAUUUCCGCUCCAUAGAUGCUGCUGCACCCGCUGAGUUUCUCCAGCAUUUUUGUGUACCUUCGAUCUUCCAGCAUCUGCAGUUCCUUCUUGAACAAUCAUACAUCUUUGUGUCACUUUGCUUCAAUCUUUUGUUUGAUAAUGCCCAUGUAGUAUUUUUUUUGCUAAAUUAAAUAGAUAUUGCUGUGAUUGUUGUGAAGAAAUUGUAUACGCCUUUUUAUAUCUCUUAUAAUAUUGAAAUGAAGCUCUUGUCCAUGUUCAAUUUAAAUUGUGCUUGCCUCUCCUGGGGCAGAAAAGAGGGCUCAUCCAUUUGAUCUCAGCCAAAUUUAAAAUGAGCUAUUCCCCAUCAAAAAGGAGCCAUUUUAAGCGAACGUGAAUACAUACAUUUGUGUAGAUAUCUUCAUGGCAAUACCCCAUUAAAGGAUAUGGCUUUGUCUUCACUAAAUUCAUCUUUUUCCAAUAAAACACAGAUGUAAAUAAAAAAUGUAGUUUUGAUAUGUAGUUGUGGUAAAAGUUUCUUCCUUU